UAACAAGUUAUUCAACCCUGACGUUCUUUAGUUCGAGCCAUUUUGAUGAUUAUUUUUUUUAAAGAAGCUGAUAUUUGAUGACAAAAAUGCUUUUUUUUUUGGACCAAUGUCGCAGUGUGUAAAAUAAUCUACUUUCACUUUUGCCACAAGGAAGUUGGCGCAAAUUAAACAGCCAAACUGGAUGUGUGAUCAUGGAUAUAGAAGAAGAGGAUAGCAGUGACUCCAGAGAGGAUGGAGACAAGGAGAGUUUGUUGAACCAUUCGGACACUCUCACUAACAGGCAGCGUGGGAAUGAAAUUACAGCACGCCCGGUGUCAUUAGAUGGUCUGGCAAUACAUCAGCUUGCUGCUCAAGGCGAGCUGUCCCAAUUGGAGGCACGGUUAAAUAAAGACAGCUCACUGCUGAACAAACAGGACGAAUGUGGCUUGACUCCUCUGAUGUGGGCAGCAACGUUUGGAGAGAGAGCAGUAGUGGACUUUCUUCUGCAAAAGGGAGCAGACCCCAGAAUGAUCGCGAGGAACAGAGAAAGUGCGCUGACGCUGGCCAGCUCUAGAGGCUAUGUGGACAUCAUUGAGUCUUUACUCAGACGUGGAGUUGAUGUCAACACCUACGACUGGAACGGUGGGACUCCUCUUCUGUAUGCCGUUCGAGGAAACUACAUUAAAUGUGUCGAGGCACUUUUAGGUACAUCAAAGUACAUGUUGCACUUCUGCCAACUCUCUGACUUUCCUAUUAAAAUGUUCAUUCUGUUUGUUUUUACAGCCAACGGAGCUGACAUGACCACCGAGUCGGAGUCUGGCUACAGUGCGAUGGCGUUGGCAGUUGCUCUUGGACACAAACGGAGUAAAUAUCAUCAUCAUCUGAACCCUUUUUAUUGCUGCGUUGCUCUUAAGCUUGUUCUUUUUGUGUGUCCCAGUUCAAAAGGUGUUAGAGGCCCACAUCCUGAGACUCUACAAGCCAGCACGGCGCUAAAAUAAACCACUAUUGAAGGUAUAAAACCAAGAUGGCAACAAAUGUACAAAAUGUUUGUUUUACAAGGCAGCGUAAGAAAAAUUAUGUAUACUUGGCAAUUGUACAGCAAUAGUGCUGUACACCAGCAGUGAAAUGAUUAAAUAAAUGUAUUUUUAUAUGGAG